UCACAAGUACAAAAUUCCAAAUCCAUGACUACGUCAUUAAUCUUUCCCACGCACCCAAAAAAAUAAAAAUAAAAACUCUCUCCCUUCCCCCCCCGCUCUGUUUGUAUAUCUUCCCCACAUUCCAAAAACCGUGUUUUCCGCAACGACUCUCUUCGUUUUCGUAGCCUCUUCCCGAGACGUGGAUCACCAGAGUGCUCACCUUAUCCGUCCAUGUCUUCCAAUCUCUGACAAAAAUAUGUUCCCAUAUAUAUAUAUAUUUGAAAACAAAAGGGGGAGAAAUCGCUUCCCCUGUUUUUUUCCUUCCAAAAUCCUAAUUCUCCGCAUCCCAUUUUUCGAUUUAGAUUUCGAUUGUGAGUUAGGGUUUUAUGGAGCUGCAUGACACAAAUUCCAUACAAAUUGUAAACGGCCCGUCGUUGGCCCACUUCGCCUGGCUCGAAAUCCGGUUGUUUUACGUCCGGGUUGAGCCCUGCGUCAUCGGGAGUGUUCCCGACUACCUCAUUGGGAUAUCGCUUGAAAUCAGCGCGACCUGCGUUCCGGCGUCGGACUCGGCCUCGUUCACGCUCCGCCGCGAUCGGGUCGAUAAGGAGUCGUCGGGGGUGACGUACGUCAGCACCGAUAGAGUGAGGGUCACCGGUGGGGUGGAGUUCGAGGUGUGCGAGAACAAUGACAUGGUUCUGUGUGGGUCUCUGGAGCGGAUGGAGGGUGUUUGGCUAGACGGAAAUGCGGGGGGAUUGGAGAUCGAUUCGAGAACGGGGUGGAGUAUGGAUUGCUACAUGGCCGCCUCGAUCAAUUCGGGUUCUUCCUCGUUUUUUCUGCCGAAACUCGGGGUCUCCGCCCCGUCAAUUGAGGUUUAUAUCGCCGGGUAUUGCUCCGGUGUGCCUGUGAUAUUGACAAAAAACAUACAGCAUAGUCCGAGGCGGAAGGCCCCCAGGCACGCUGCGCUCGAUGCCAUUCCGGAGGAUGAGGAGGUUGGGAAGGAGCACAGCAAGGGCUGUAAUGGGAUGAUUCACCAUCGGAAACUUCAGAUUAGAGACUCUGAAAUUGAAGAGUAUGAGUCAGAAGGGAAAAUUGGACAUCAUUUCGACUCCGAUGAAAUGUACACUGGUGAGGACGGCCAACUCACAUGGUUUAAUGCUGGUGUUAGAGUUGGUGUUGGAAUUAGCCUUGGGAUAGGGAUUGGUGUUGGAUUGCUCAUGCGUUCCUAUCAAGCGACUACCAGUAAUUUCCGGAGGAGGUUUCUCUGAAGUGGAUAAUCAGAAAUGCUUUUGGGAAGGUCAAGGGGAAUACAAUAAUGAAAUAUUGAAGAUUGUGAGGAAGUGAGAACGGCAUGAACACAAAUCUGUUGAGCAUGAGUUUUUGCAGUCGGGUUGGAAGUUUACUUCACUCCAAAGGCCGGUUACUGGACCAUUGAAAUGUUGUUUCAAUGAAACAUCGACACGGUGACAAUGUGGAGAACCAGCUCAGCCUUCCGAGGCAGGAAAAUAAGCUUUGAAGAUCUGAGGGAGCUGUAGGUAAUAGAAAAGACUUGUUUAGCAGCCGGAACAAGCUUGUACGAGGAUUGACUUUGCUUUCUUGAAGAUGCAUGUAUUUGUCUAUUUUUUUCUUAUCUUGUAGAAAAUUUUGCGGUCCUUGGAGUGUUGGUUGGGGCUUCACUUGUACUCACGUGUUUUUAUUUUCUCGCUCAUUCCUCCAUUUAAUAAAAUUCGAUGUGAGAAAGCAGUGCGCAAGCUGUCGAUGAAUAAUUGAAUUGUUUCUUCC